AGACAGAGUGUAAACACAAACAACGGCAAAAAGAAGCCAAGAAGAGCGAAGCCAAAAGAAGCAAGCGCAACACUGUUACAAAACUGUCUGGUUUUGUAACAAUCGCCCCGCCGCCGGCCAAUGAGCGGCGUGGCGGCACGUCACGUGGUGCCGUUUUAUAUAACACUUUGCUGAGACAAGACAGUUAUUAGGCGGCGCGGGGCAGCCGGCAUGGAGCUCGCGGAGGCGCGGCAGGGACCGGCGCGCGGCAGAACGGCGGCCGUGGCAGCCCCGGUUCUCUCCAGCCGCCGCUCCCUGCUCCGCGUCCCCGGCCCCUAAACGCCUCUUCGCCACGCGUAUCAUUCUCCUUAUGGAUUCAUUUCAGGCCGAACAGAUGCUUAGCUUGCCCGCCGAGCUCAGCAGCAACAACUUAGAGCUGGCGGAGCCGGCGGCAUCAGCGGCCCGCGGAGACACGGGCCCCCGGCCGGAGGCGGCUGCGGAAGGCCCCGCACCUCUUCCGACUCAGCCGCCGGAGCAGGAGCAACCUCCGAGGACCUCGACGCCGGAGUGCAAAGUCCUGCUCACGCAGGCCGACGCCCUGGCGUCUGGGGGGCGCCUCCGGGAAGCCCUCGAGGUGUACCGACAGCUCUCGGAGCGGCAGCAGCUGGUGGCCGAGCAGCUGGAGCAGCUGGUGCGCUGCCUGGCCGAGAACGUCCCGCAAGGCGAGGAUCCGGCGCCGGGGCCCCCGGACGGUAGCCGCGGGGCCAGCUGCGCGUUGGCGGCGGAAGAGGCAGGGGCGGCCGUCGCCGCCCAGGCCACCGAGGUGUGGGACGGCUUCAAGUGCCGGAAGUGCCAUGGGUUUCUCUCAGACCCCGUGUCCUUGUCCUGCGGCCACACCUUUUGCAAACUGUGCCUGGAACGCGGGCGGGCAGCCGACCGGCGCUGUGCGCUGUGCGGGGUCAAACUCUCCGCGUUGAUGGUGGCCACCGGGCGGGCGCGCGGAGCCCGGCGGACUGGACAGCAGGCGCCGCCGCCGCUGCGGGUCAACGUGGUGCUCAGCGGCCUCCUCGGCAAGUUGUUCCCGGGCCCGGCACGGGCGUCGCAGCUCCGGCACGAGGGCAACCGGCUGUACCGCGAGCGUCAGGUGGAGGCGGCGCUGCUCAAGUACAACGAGGCAGUCAGGCUGGCUCCAAAUGACCACUUGCUUUACAGCAACCGGUCUCAAAUUUAUUUCACCUUGGAAUCUCAUGAGGACGCACUGCAUGAUGCAGAAAUAGCAUGUAAGCUCCGCCCCAUGGGGUUUAAGGCACACUUCAGGAAAGCACAAGCCUUAGCCACCCUAGGCAAGGUGGAGGAAGCACUAAGGGAGUUUCUAUACUGUGUGUCCCUCGAUGGAAAGAACAAACGAGCAAGAGCUGAAGCCCAAAGGGAAACACCGGAGCGCCCACAUUGUUCUAGUCAGGAGGUGGCAGCUGCCAGGGGGCACGGAGGCAGCCCGAUGCACCCAGUAACAGUGAAAGGAUAUGGACAGCAAGACCACGCGGAAGACCAGGAUGGAGCCGAGGAGAAGGAGGAGGAGGAGGGGACCACUGCCUCUCCCCAAGCUGCCUCCAGCAAGACUGGCAAAUGCCAGGAGAAGAAAAGGAAGCACUGCAAAACCGCACCCCAAGACCCAGAGGUGCCUAAGAAAGUCUUUAAGCCAGAUCCUCACACUGAUCCAGGGACCAUACCCGCUCUCAGUGCUCCGCUCACAUCUUUUGACGCCUCUGACCUUGAAUGCUCCCUCUGUAUGAGAUUAUUCUAUGAGCCAGUCACAACACCUUGUGGACACACCUUUUGCUUAAAAUGCCUUGAAAGAUGCCUAGAUCACAAUGCGAAAUGUCCACUGUGCAAAGAUGGUCUUUCACAGUGCUUGGCGUCAAGAAAAUAUAGCAAAAAUGUCAUAAUGGAAGAGCUAAUAGCUAAAUUCCUUCCAGAAGAACUCAAGGAACGAAGGAGGCUUUAUGAAGAGGAAAUGGAAGAACUUUCUAACUUAAAUAAGAAUGUGCCUAUUUUCGUGUGCACCAUGGCCUAUCCCACCGUUCCUUGUCCCUUGCACAUCUUCGAGCCUUGUUACCGUCUGAUGAUUCGUAGAUGCAUUGAGACAGGCACACGACAGUUUGGCAUGUGCCUUGGAGAUCCUGUCAAAGGGUUUGCAGAAUACGGGUGCAUCCUAGAGAUCAGAAAUGUCCAGUUCUUUGCUGAUGGCCGCUCAGUGGUCGACAGCAUAGGCAAGAGGCGCUUCAAGGUCCUCCAUCAGGGCCAGCGGGAUGGUUACAACACAGCCGACAUCGAAUACAUUGAAGACCAAAAGGUUCAAGGAGAGGAUUGUGUUGAGCUCCUGGGAUUACAUAACUGUGUCUAUGAGCAAGCAUCAUCAUGGUUUCAUUCACUCAAAUCAUCACUGAAGAAUCGGAUACUCAACCAUUUUGGUCCAAUGCCCGAGAAAGAUGCUGAUCCCCAGAUCAACCCGAAUGGCCCGGCCUGGUGCUGGUGGACAUUAGCAGUUCUUCCAUUGGAAAGUCGAGCUCAGCUCCCGUUCCUAGCAAUGAGGUCCCUAAAGGACAGACUGAACGGUAUUCGGAGAGUAUUGGCCUUUAUAUCCCGAAACCAAAACUAGUGAGUGGAUUGCUGAAAAGGAGAUCCCACGCCUCCCCACCGCCAUGGGGGAGUCGUCUUGUAAAUAUAUCUAAUUGCAAUAACAUCUUAGAAGGGAGUAUCAAACAGAAGUAUUGUGCUGCCAGAGAGAAAUUAAAUAGAAAGACUGAAAGAACGUGGUCUGUUUGAAACUUUCUUUCUUAAGAUGCUUCUUGACAUGCUGCACAACUACAUGCACAGCAGAGGUUGUUUAAGAGCCCAGAAGAAAAAAAAAUUUUUUGAUUUUGACAUAAAAUUUUCUCAAAGUUUAAAGUGGUUUUGCUUUAAUUUUCUGUCUUUUUCGUAGAUGAAUGACUGUGUGGUUGAAACGUGAUGCCCAGUUACUAAUCAUAUUGCUGCGUUGUUUCACUGACUUUUGAGGUCUCAUUCCAAGUGGUUCAGAUUUUAUACAGCAUUGUGUAAAAUAAUGUUCAUACUUCUUUCUGUUUUAAUUUAUUUUUUUGCACUACAGUAUCCUUUUUUUCUAUAUGUAUGUUUGUAACUAUUUAAGUGUGCAUUACUGAAAAAUACUGCUUUAUUUAUUGAUGUGGCUUACCAUGUACCUAGGGGGAAGUAACAAUACUAGAAAUGUGUGAUUUUUGCUUUCACCAUUUUUGCUACAUUUGAUCCCAGUUCUUGAACCAUUUUCAUAUCUAUCCAAUUGGGUGCUUAAAGGAAGUUCACAAUCAUGCUGAGACCAUCUAUCUUUACAGAAGAAUCUGUAAAGCAAAAUCUGAACUUUGCUUUCAAUUUGAGUCCAACAAUAUAAAACACUUAAGGGAUUUGGCAUAGGUUAUGGAAUAAGCCAGGGUACAAUAAAAAUAAUCCAUUUUCUAUGUAUUAUACAGAGCCAGGAUGAAGGAAUUAUUUUUCUGGAAUCAAGAGAUGAAUUAGAGCAGUGUCUUUUAUUACAAUCUCUUGUAGGCAUUUAUUUCAGCCAUCCAAUUAUAUCUUAAUUUCUCCCCAGUGCAGUUAGGAAUGGCAUUUUUAGGCAGGAUAAUGUUUAACCCUUCAGAGGUAGUAGUUUUCAGUCUGGCACGUCACAGCCAUGCCCACCUAGCAUCCGUACCCCACCUCUUCUCAGGGUUCUGCGGAUCAGGGCCUGGCUAGCAUGUGUGGAAACACUUGAUGAAGGACGGUUCAUUGUUAAAAGUGGAAAGAAGCCAGGAAAAAAGGUAGAACCCUUUAAGAAACCCUCAAACUAUCUUUUUGGUUUUUAAAUCUUUUCAAAGGAGGCAGACAAUUAAUCCAUGAUUUUAUCUAAACACGGUCUUUCCUCCUCGUUGCGAUGGGCCAAAGAUUUCAAUACAGGGGAAGAAUAAUGGUAAGGGGGUAAGAGUGAGGUCUUGUUUAGCUAGCUUAGUGCCAGUUUGAUUUCUUUAGUGCCAGGACAACCUGAAAACGGGAGUGUUAUAAUGACAGAGAGAAAAGAUUAGGACAGGAAAGAAGUGAGUCGUGUUGUUCCUACCUUCACGCAAAUUAGCCUCCCCCCAUGUGACUCUGGACAGCUGCAGUACAUGACUCACACAGCCCAUUCACUCUGUUCCCAUGAGAGGUUAAUGCCUCAAGUAAUCAGGCUGACUUCUUCCAUCACCACCUGUGGCCAGAAAUAGAAAAGGGGGCAUAAGAUGAUCCAGGCAACAAAAAAGAGAUUCACGUAAGCAGAAACCAAAUAACCUUUUCUGCACUUUCUUAAUGAACACCGUCUUGUCAGAACAUUAUGUUGGCGGGUUUGAUGUUUGGAGCCCAAUUGGGCCAGUAAAGAAUGGAAGUAUAGGCGUGGUUACUGCCCAGGCGGACUCUACAGGGCUCAGGGAGGAGGAAAUGAAAGGCUCCCUCUCCACCUGGUGCUCAACGAUGUGGUCAUAACACAGUCUUAGUACAAUAGUUUCCUAUUGUCUAGUGUAAAUGCAACAUAAAGGGCCAUAGGUGUUUUGGAUUGCUAGAUGUGUUACUUUUGUGAUUUCACUUUUUCUGAGCACCCGUUUGUCAUCUAGCAAAUGAUGAGGAUAAGUACUGCGUGUAGGGUUAUUAUAACAUUAAAUGAGAUAAUAUAUAUACAUCACUUAGCAUAGUGCCUCGCACAUAAGAGUCAUUCAACAAAUGAUAGCUGUGAUUAGAUUAUUCAUAGUUAUAGAAUAUCAUUGGGGGCGAUAUUCACAUAAAACCCUACCUUUACACACAAUACCAAUUUCCAAUUCCUUUAAACUUGUUUGGGGGAAUCCACACCUCUGAUUUUCAGACCAUAACUUGAUGAAUUACACGUAAUUCUUUUGGGGGUCAAGUCUGUUUGGGAAAGUGAAAAGUUAAAAGAGUAGAAAACAAAUGAGAGUCAGAAUCCGGUGCCAGCAAAUUUUUCCUCAUUCAAGAGGGCUGAAAAGUAGCGUUUGGAAGUCUAGACUUUCUGAUAUAAUGGAAGCCUUAAGUUCUAGCUCCAUUAGAACAACCAACCCAUCACUUCCUGCUCUCCAAAAUGUAUGAAACUCCACAUCAUCGAAUAUUUCACGUUGAUAAGUGAGGGUCGAAAUCCAGCAAAUGUAGAUCCUGGCUAGGCAGAACUGCACUUUCCUCUCAGUAGCCUGGAUACACAUUUGGAUUGUUUUACAGCAAGCUUUUGUUUCAGUAGUGGUGGGAGGCAAGGUGCAAGGCUAAGCCUUGGCUUUCUUUGAUAUGUACUUGAAUGGGGUAAUCAAUUGGACAUGACCAUUUCACUGCUUGUAAAUUGAUUUUGCUGCAAAGCUUGGGAAUAAAGAGCAUACACAAGAAAAACAUAAUGUUAAAUCUAGGCCAGAAGGACAAGACUUCCCCCUUGGUAGUUAGUGCCAUUUAUUCAGCUAGUUUUCCUGUUUAUUGUGAUUGACCUAGUCUUUUACCAGUAGGUUAUUUGUGUGUGUAUGUGUGUGUGUGUGUGUGUGUAUGUGUAUAUAGAUGUAUAUAGAUGUGUGUAUAUAUAUAUAUAUGCGUGUGUGUAUAUGUACAUGUGUGUAUAUAUAUUAGGUAUGAAGCAGACAUUAUGCCUUUCUGCUUUGUACUAUACUAUUGCUGCUAGCUAAUAACCAGCAAAAUGUAGAAAAUGAAAAACGAUAAAACUAAUUUUCUGUAGACAACUUGGAGAAAAGAGUGCUUGCCCCUUACUUAGUGGGGUAGAGAAGUGACUAUGUCAACAAUUUGCCUUUUCUGAAGGCCGACUGCUUCUAGUCCCUUGCUGCUGCAGCAUGCUGGGGCUAGUCGAAUCACUGCGCGCGUGGCGCUUCCAGUUCUGCCUGUGGAGCCGGACUGGGCUCAGAUAGUCCCCUGUGACUGGCUAUUGGAGUAGUGAAGCUCUGAGGCUGGUUCACAGCACUCAGAAGUCUCUUACUGUCAUUAGAUCGAAUACUGUUGAUGGACUGGAACCUGUUGGGGACUGUGUUUCCCCUCACCAACUCCAUUUCCAAGAUGGGAGUUUUAUUCAGGGACUCAUUCCUUGAGUUCCCAACAUGUUGACUUUGCAUCCAUUUCUGUUUCCUAAGGCAGAAUCAUAGCAGAGGUAUGUAAUCAAGAUGCAAAUAGAAGGCAGCCCAAAUAAGGGAAAAGGACAGAUUUUCAGCCUAUUCUUGGGCUUGAGGAAUGAGGUUUUGAUUUGAUCGAAGACAGUUCUGAGAAGCAGCCAGCUGCACGGGCUGCAACUUGUGGCCUUUCCUGAGUGCAGAAAGAAGGAAGAGGAGCCAGGUAAAAUGUACACAUUUGGUUCCUCUUAGAAUGAUAGCUCCCACUGUUUGAUUAUUUAAUAAUCUGGAUUAUGCACAUCCAGAGGUGAAAUGAAGACAUUUUCCCUUACAAAUGGGUAUUUUCAAAUGCGCUAAGUUAACCUUGAGAGAGAAGUGCCUGUAAUCUCUGUUCCUGGUGUCAUUUUAAAGCUUUUGCUUCGUGACCGUGUAGCCAUUUAAAACCUUGUCGCAGCAAAUGUGAUUAACAGAAGUUUACAAAGCAACAGUGUAGCUUAUGCAUCAUUUAAAGUUGCUCGACAUUUAUCUAUAGUCAAAGCAACAAUAAUAACAACAAAAUCAAAGGAGAGCAAAUAGUUCAACGUGGCAUCAUAAGCUUACCUUAGAUAAACUAGUUCCGUCGUUUUAUGCAGUUCUCAGUAAUGCCAGGAUUAAAAUAUCCAGCAAGCCAUUUAAACAGUGGCCAAUGUGUCUUUGUGUUUGUAAUUCCAGUUGUUUGCUAAGCAGCCAUUUUACUCUUGCACUGUAAUGAACUGAAAGGGGAAUGAAGAUAACGCUUUCUUUUUUUUCCCGUAUUGCUAUUCAACUACCUCUAUAUGCUUGAUGUCUCUUUAGGGUCGUCUUUCCUCUAAAUCUGUACAAGAGAAGUUUCAGCUCAUCUAUGUUGUAAUAACAAUGUGAUAUAUAGACAGUCUCUGUGAAAGCUUGUUGUUCAUUAAAAAAUGUUUCCUAUUGUCUCACUUUGUAUCUAACACAACUCUACCCAUACUUCAGGGCAAGAAUUGCCCAAAUAAAUUCAGCAUCUUUUUGUUGGAAGCUGAAUAGGAGGGAAAGCGAUCUCAGAACAUCUAUUUUGUUCUUGUUCCUAUUGGUUGUGAUACAUUUGACCAGAAGAUCUUUCAAGGAAAUAGACCUGCACUCAGAAAGCAAGCUCUUAUGUAUGUGACAGUGAGGCAGGUGUGAACUGAUUAAACUAAUUGUUUAAAAAUGCACCAGAAAAGCUUGUUGUCACUAA